AUGUCUCCGCUGGCGCCGCUCCUGCUGCGGGGCCUCGCGGGCCCGGCCCGGCGGCUGCUGGUGCCGCGCGCGCAGGUGCACUCCAAGCCUCCGCGGGAGCAGCUCGGCACGCUGGAAGUCGCCAUUGGGCUCACCUCCUGUUUCCUGUGCAUCUUCCUGCCGGCCGGCUGGGUGUUGUCUCACCUGGAGAGCUACAAGAAGCGGGAGUGA